AUGUCCGAGAGCAGCAUCCUCCCAGGCAUCCUCCUGUACGCAUCGGUACUCUGCAUGUGCUGUCCGGUGGCGGUGUCGCUCAUCGCGUGUGUGCCCAACUGCUGUCUGCCGUGGCGUCUCGACGCGCCGGCUCCGAUCAUGCGGCCGACAGAGCCCAAGGACAUGACGGACGAAGGUGAGUACAGCUACUACUUGCGUCAACACACGCGCGUGCAGAAGCGUGAGAACGCCAUCUUCAACGAGAUGACCAAGCACGUGUCGUCGAUCGGGCUCGUCGCCUUUGUCCCAAUCCUAUUCAAGAGGCAUUUCUUCGUCGUCCUGCUCACCGUUCUCUGCGUUGCCGUGCACGGUCGCCAGUACAUCACCCUUGACGCCGCCCGUCGAACGCUUGCGCUCGAGCGACAGCUCUGGGCCGCUGCCAACGCCCGCGUCCGCGACUUUCUCGAGAAUAACUAGCUUUAUGCACAAAUAUAUAGUCGCUGGCUCAACCAACGGCGU